ACUCCCCCACCUGGCUUUCGUCUGAAGAGGGUGAUCACCGCCGAGGCAGCAUGGCGGGGAGAUGGGAUGUCCCCCCUCCAAACCCAGACUGGAUAUCGUGGGGGGGCUGCGCUGUCCCCCAGCCGAAGCUGAGUAUCGGGGGCGGGGGGCGAUGUCCCCCUCCCGGGGCUAAGCAUGUUGGGCGGCCGUUUCCCCCACGCCCGGGGAGCUGCGCAUCGCGGGCUGCGCCCCUUCCCGCGCCAGGACGCGGUGCGCCCACGGGGAGCGCACUCAAGAAGUCGUUUGAGGCAGAGGAUGGGAACGAGCCUCCUUGCCACCCACCAGCGUCCCCCCUGGGCACCAACGAGAGCUACCGGUCGCUGCAGCCUGGCCACCCGCCACACUCGGGCACUGCCACCAGCCCCAGCCCCACGCUGCGCAGCCUCUCCAUUGGCCAAGCCAACGGCUCCGCUGGCACCGCUGGCACCACCAUCACCCGCGUCGCCUCCUUCCAGUCUCGCCAUGGCUUCACCACGGGGCCUGGCAGCGAUGGCGAGAGCCUGCGCAGCUCAUCCUCCAGCCUGGAGAGCCCAGCCCCCACCGGGCCCCCCCAGCUGCCAGGCACCCCCCCGGCCACCAGCCCUGGCCUGGAGCAGGUCCCGUGCCCCGGCAGCGUCUUCCCGGCAGAGCUGGAGCAUGCCCUCCACAGGGCCACCACCAGCCACAGCUCGCUGCCCCUGCUGGACCUGCACAUCGCCGAGGAGCUGGGCACAGGGGUGCCUUCACUGAACCCCCCGCCCUGGGGCACCCAGAGCCCUGUGACCCUCCCUCGAACCCAUCAGUCCUCUUCCUCCUUCUCCCGGUGCGACGGCACUGAGGCAGCUCCAGGGCUGCCCAUGCUCCCCGAGGCACCACAGGGGUGGGAUGCAGCCCCCCAAGUGCUUCCCCAGCCACAACUGAGGGUCAGCCUCGAUGUCAGCCUCAGUGCCAGCCCCACUCCGGCUCACCGGGGCCCGGGGGAGGCAGCCCUGGUUCCCUCGGUCCCUUCCUCUGGGAGGGCCAUGAGGCUGCCACUGCCCCCAGCCCCCCGGGCAGCCCCUUUCAAGCUGGUGUCCCAACCACAGACAGUGCAAGUCAGCUCCCAGCCUGCCUUCCUCGGGGGGCUGGUGCUGGUGCCAGCCCUGGGGACCCUGACAAUGCCCCGUGGAGCUGGAGUGAACCCCCACAGUGUGAGACUGGUGGAGCCACAAGGACCCUGCAUGGCAGCAGCGUCUUCCAGCGAGGCUGUGGAUGGUGACUGGGCUGCAGCGACACCAGAGCACGGGAGCAGCCUGGAGCCCGAGGAGCACAGCAUGGAGCCACCAACCGUGCCUGAGGAGGAGGAGGAGGAGGAGAUGCCCCUUGCCACAGUGCCUGGCCCGGCGGGAUGCCAGCUGUUCGGUUACGUGGGCAUCGAAGCUGUGCUCGACCAGAUGAAAGUCAAAACCAUGAAGAUGGGCUUCGAAUUCAACAUCAUGGUCGUGGGGCAGAGUGGGCUGGGCAAGUCAACGAUGGUGAACACCCUCUUCAAGUCCAAGGUGAGCCGCAAGGCCUCCCAGCCCGGCCAGCAGGAGCGCAUCCCCAGGACCGUGCAGCUGCAGUCCAUCACCCACGUCAUCGAGGAGAAGGGGGUGAAGAUGAAGCUGACGGUGACAGACACCCCGGGCUUCGGGGACCAGAUCAACAACGACAACUGCUGGGACCCUAUCAUCAAAUACAUCAACGAGCAGUACGAGAGGUACCUGCGGGAAGAGAUCCUCAUCACCCGCAAGAGGAAGAUCCCAGACACCAGAGUCCAUGGAUGUGUCUACUUUGUGCCCCCCACGGGUCACUGGCUGCGCCCGCUGGACCUGGAGUUCAUGCGGCGGCUCAGUAAGAUCGUCAACGUGGUGCCGGUGAUCGCCAAGGCUGACACGCUCACCCUGGAGGAGCGGGCAGAGUUCAAGCAACGGAUCCAGGAGGACCUGAAGACCCAUGCCAUCAGUGUGUACCCGCAGCAGGACUUUGACCAGGACCCAGAGGACCGGGAGCUGAACGACAGGAUCCGGGAGAAGAUCCCCUUUGCCGUGGUGGGGGCGGACCAGGAGCACCAGGUGAAUGGCAAGAGGGUGCUGGGCCGCAAGACCAAGUGGGGCAUCAUCGAAGUGGAGAAUGCAGCGCACUGCGAGUUCCCCCUCCUGAGGGACCUGCUGAUCCGCUCCCACCUGCAGGACCUGAAGGACAUCACCCACAACGUCCACUACGAGAGCUACCGUGUGCGGCGGCUCAACGAGAGCAACCACCUGGCACUGAGCCCACUCAAUGGGCUGCCCAGCAAGGGUGAGGCUGAUGGUGACCUCUGAGCAGCCACGGCCACCCCUGAGCCACCACUGGAGGCCUGUGGCCAUGCCCAGACCCUGCCUGGGGUGAGGAACCCAUGCCAGUCUGGGGCAAGGAGCUCCCAAAGUGUUGCCUGGGUUGGAUUCCUCCCUCCAGGGUCCCUCAUCCCCAAGCUCUGCCAUGAGCACAGACCCCUUGGACCUUGCACUGCAUUAAAGGUCAGCUUGGAGCCUUCAGCCUCCACCACCA